AUGACUCCACUGGCCACUGGCCAACGUUUGACGGCCUUGGAGGCGCGUUUGGACAAGUUCAUGGCCGACAUGAUGACCAUGAUGGGCGCCAGGCAAGGUCAGAUGCAGCAGCCUGGGCCUGGUCCUCUCGGCGCUGGUGCGGCGGUUGGUGCUGUUGGCACUGGCGGUGUGAACAAUCCCAUCCAGUCGCCGCAGAAACAAUCUCCGCCUGACACCCAGGCACAGCUCGGUUCGGCGUCCGACACCGUCUCGAGGUGA